AUGCCCCGUCGAUUAAACGACGGCGAGCCUGGCCGUUUUACCGCCACCACCCUCCUUGUAAUCGGUCUGAUCUCGUGUCUCAUCGUCUACGCUGUCUUCUCUGCUGUCCUCCGUCCCCAAGAUCAUACACUCGAUUCCGCGGUCCGAAUCACGGACUCGCAGGAUCAAGGCCGUUUAGCGACGGCUGGAGACGGCGGCGGGUGUUGCCGCGGAGUCGAGAAUCUGGAGCUUUGGGGUCCGGCGGUGAAGUGGGGGACGGAUUUCAAGUUUUAUUCGUCGGAAGAAUGUUGUAAGGCGUGUAAAGUUAUGUGCAGCGGCAACGAUGGACCUUGCUUGUGCGAUUCAUGGGUGUUCUGUGGGAACAAAGAGGCUUGCGGCUCGAAGUUUGGAGAGUGUUGGUUGAAGAAGCAAAAAGAUGUAUUGGUGCCUGAUAGUCAGGAAGGUGGGCAGAAAGUAUUGUGGACAUCUGGGCUUAUCUUUGGACAAGGCGAGGGCAUUGUUGGUUUUGAGACGGAACACGGCGUACUGCAUGUCAAACUUCACCCUGAGUGUGCUCCUCACUCAGUAUACUACAUUCUUAGUUUGUUAACUCUGAGCCACUGCGCAGGCUGCCAGUUUCAUCGUGCAGAGAAGCGGGGUUCAUAUUGGGACUCAGAAGGCAAUCAUGUAAACAAUGCUCCCUAUGGUCCACCAUACGCCAUGAUUCAAGGCAUACUCCAGCCCGAGGGGGACAUGUUUUCGCCGAUCCCGACCGAGCACUGUCCAACCAUAAGCCGUGGCUCAGUGGCGUGGGUCGGCUCGGGUCCAGAAUUCUUCAUCAGUCUAGCAAACCACCACGAAUGGAAACAAUCUUACACUGUUUUUGGCUCUAUUCUGCCAGAAGACAUGGAUAUUGCGGAGAGGAUUGCCGGUUUGUCAACGAGAGCCGAUGUCUGGAACAGCGUUAAUGUCUCUGUGCUGGAGAAACCGGUGUCCUUAGCCGUACGGAGAAUGAAGGCGGGCCGAGAACAAGGAGACACUGGUUCGUGA